AUGAAAGCUGAGAAGGAGGGCUACCAGAAGGAGGGCUAUCAGGCUGAAGCCACGCGACGAGAGGCCUCUGUGGCGCGAACGCCGCCCCUCUCGGGCGCUCCCAAGGAGCUGCCCCCCGAGCAGCCCCCCGAGCAGCCGCCGCUGUCCGAGCGCGGCCCAGGCUUCGACGCGGCGGACCACCCGCUGAGCGGCGUGCCCAACGUGGAGGACCUGAGCCAGCCAGAGCCGCUGAACAGCAGCUUCCUAAAGGAAGCGGAGCCGUUGAUUGAGCUGUUCGGCGAGUACCUGACGAAUUGCGUCUACUCCAAGGCAUGGAGCUUGCGAGAUGCAGCGCUGCAGAAGCUGACACUGGACCUGAACGGCGAGCAGUCAGAGAACCAGUCGAAAGAUCAAAGCCGUCUGGCUGGCUAUGUGGUAGUCUUGAAGCGAAUGGUGCCGGACAAAAACGUUCAGGUGUUUCUUGCUGCAGCAGCGCUGCUGCACACGGUUUGCCAGGAACUCCUGGGCCGCUCCGGGCCUCGGCGUGCGGAGGCGCACGUUGCUUUGGACCCGCUCAUGCCACUGCUGGUGGAUCGAUUGGGAGACAGUAACGCCCGUGUGGAUAAGGCAGCAAGGGAUGCUCACCUGUGCGACCUCAUGCGCUGCGCUACUGUCGGUGCCACCUUCACAGCCCAGUAUUUGCUCAGGCCGCCAAAGAAGAAAUCUGUGAACCCUCGCGUCUAUAUCUCACGGAUGCAGCUGCUCACCAGCAUGGUCACGGAGGCAGGCAUCCAGCCAGAGAGCAAAGAAGGGCUUCCGUUGGAUCCAACGGUACAACUGGCUAUGGACUGGUUCAGCAAUGCCAACGCCGAUGUCAGAGAAAGUGCAGUCAAGCUGGUAGCUGCCUGCUAUGCGCACGCUGGCUUGAACCGCAUCGAAAAGUACCUGGCGAACCUGCGGCAGGCGCAGCGGGAGAUCUUUGACGAGGAGUUUGACCGAGUUGACGCAGGUGAUGGCCUAGGUGCCGGGGGUGACCUGGGCAUGCCGACCCAACGCACCUCGCGAACUGCUGGUAGCAACCGGUCAACUCCGAAAGGUCAAAAUUCCAGGCCCGUCGCAAUCCCUGAGGAUGCUGUGGCCGAAGCGGAGGAUGUGACCAAAUGCCAGUUCUGCGGCAUGCGGAAUCCAGAGGCCACGCAAGAGGCCAUGGAUGUCCACUACUGGCGAGAGUGCCCAAUGCUGACGCAGUGCCAAUUCUGUGAGCAGGUCAUAGAGAUCGCACAGCUGGCCUCCCACUGGAGAGAGGAGUGCGAGGCCCGGAGCGCUGCGACCGAGGCGUGCAAGGACUUGGCGCCGAACCAGUGCCCCCUGUGCCGUGCAGAGAUAGGUGCCGGUGGAGAACAGGACUGGUUCCAACACAUCCUCCGAGAUGGAUGUGCAGCGAAUCCUCGAAAGCCGCCUGCAUGA